AUCUGGAUACAUGUUUCUCUGAUGACCCUUCUUGCAUGGAUCUGGCCUCCCCCCACCCCGACCCCCUCAGGUCCCACCUGUUUGAGGAUCGGCACAUCACGGCCGCUUUGCCAUCGCACACCCACCACGGGCAAAUAACAAACAGCUCACCGAUCCAGAACAUAAAGAUCAUUUCUACGCAAGGAAAUUCUUUACAUUAAAAAUCCAAGGAGUACACUUUUAAAAACGUAACAACGUUUCUCUUUUAAAAGAAAACUGACUUCAUUUUCCUCUUUGAUCUAGCAGACAGCAAACCUUCCUAGCUUUCAGUUUGGGGAAGUGACUGACUACGAGUCACUCACUUUCUGCUUCUCACUUCUAUCAGAAAAAAAAAAAAAAAAACACUUGAACUCAGCGUAGAUGGGUGAGGGACAGAGCUGACACAGGAAGCCACGCGCCUUCAAAGGCAUCCUUCUUAGCGCUCAGCUUCUCGCACAAGCCUGGCACUGACUCACGGACCUUGCCCAGAACCACUGUCGGACAAGCAAGAGAUCGCGUCUGCUCUUCCCUCAUUAGCUUCUUGUUGGGCUCAGACCUGCGUCGAGGAGCCUGGAGAUUUGAAAAUGAACCCCACGGACACAGCAGACACCACCAUGGAUGAAAGCAUCUAUCACAAUUACUAUCUCUAUGAAAACAUCCCCAAGCCUUGCACCAAAGAAGGCGUCAAGGCGUUCGGGGGGCUCUUCCUGCCCCCUCUCUACUCCUUGGUCUUUCUGUUCGGUCUCCUUGGCAAUUCUGUGGUCGUUUUGGUCUUGUUCAAGUACAAGAGGCUCAAGUCCAUGACUGACGUGUACCUGCUCAACCUCGCCAUCUCAGACCUGCUCUUCGUGUUCUCCCUCCCUUUCUGGGGCUACUAUGCCGCAGACCAGUGGGUUUUUGGACUGGGUCUCUGCAAGAUUAUUUCCUGGAUGUACUUGGUGGGCUUUUACAGUGGCAUCUUCUUCGUCAUGCUCAUGAGCAUCGACAGAUACCUGGCGAUAGUGCACGCGGUGUUUUCCUUGAGAGCGAGGACCUUGACUUACGGGGUCAUCACCAGCUUGGCCACGUGGUCCGUGGCCGUGCUGGCCUCUCUUCCAGGCUUCUUAUUCAGCACCUGUUACACGGAGCGCAACCACACCUACUGCAAAACCAAGUACUCUCUCAACUCCACGAGGUGGAAGGUGCUGAGCUCCCUGGAGAUCAACAUUCUGGGGUUGGUGAUCCCCUUGGGCACCAUGCUGUUCUGCUACUCCAUGAUCAUCAGGACCCUGCAGCACUGCAAAAACGAGAAGAAGAGCAAGGCAGUGAGGAUGGUCUUUGCCGUGGUGGCCCUCUUCCUGGGUUUCUGGGCGCCUUACAACGUGGUGCUCUUCCUGGAGACCCUGGUGGAGCUGGAGGUCCUUCAGGACUGCACCUUUGAGAGGCACCUGGACUAUGCCAUUCAGGCCACGGAGACCCUGGCUUUCGUUCACUGCUGCCUCAACCCGGUCAUCUACUUCUUCCUCGGGGAGAAGUUCCGCAAGUACCUCGUACAGCUCUUCAAAACCUGCCGGGGCCCCUUCGUGCCCUGUCAAUACUGCAGGAUCCUCCAGCUCUACUCCCCCGACACUCCCAGCUCGUCCUACACGCAGUCCACCGGGGACCACGAUCUCCACGAUGCCCUGUGAGCAGCGAAGAGGCACAACUCGGAGCGAAGCUUCCCAAAGGAAGAGCUUACUUAAACUUGUAUUAUAGUAAGAGUUCCUGAGCCAGUGGCGGGAGGACUUCCAUCCGCUGCCGAGCGUGGGCCUCUCACCCCACGGUCAGCUCCUCCUCUUGCCAUCUGCGAGUGUGGUGGGGCGAGAGCACACCCGGGCCCCCGCGUCCCCCCCCCCCACCCCGCCCAGGCUUGCCUGCAGGGCUGAGUAAGCAGAAGGAGGAUUCUGACCCGCAUCUCAACGAGGUUACACAUGACACUGUGCGGGAAGGACCAUUCGUUCCCCUCUAACCUGCACCGAUGGAGCUCUCCAGGGGGACCCGCGCAGAACUGAAUGGAGUCUGUCGCUACUUCUUGCUAUGAAAAAUGGGCCCUUUAAUUACUUCCUAGCUUUUGUGGAACAAUAUAGAAAACUUUGACGCACCGUCCUAGAGUUUUUCUAAUAAUACAGCUGAAGGACAGUAGAUCCCCUGGAGCCGGGUGUAUGCAGAAGCAGAUAGUGAAGCAACGAACCUCUGUCUUGAUUCUUUUACCUUAAAGGAUUAUUUGGUAACGGAAGCCAAACUUCCGAUGCUGAUUCCAAGUGUGAGGAUGUGAUGCAAAGGCAUUAGCAAGGUCUGAUGUCCAAACGUGAAAUACAAGGCAUUAAAAAAUCCAAACA